CAGUAAUCAGAAGUUACUUUGUCUCGUGUAUUUUGCUCAUAUGGUUUUGCUAAUUGACAACAAGUGUACGCAAAAAAGAUCGUUUGCUGUGACUGCGGCCUUUCCUAUGGAUGUAGUUUAUUUAUAUCGUCUUCACGGAAUGAACAGAAAAAUGUAAGAUACUAACUAUUACUAACAAAAUGAGACAAGUCUGCUUCAAUUUUUGUAAUAUAUUCUUAUUACUGAUGGUGUUCGGAAAGUUUGCUGAUGCAAUAGAGGAAAGAAACAAAGAUUGGUGCAAGUUCUUCUAUUCGAAAUAUUUGUUGCUUAUGGAAACUGACCAAAAAGAUGACAGAUUGGGAGACUUGCUAAAAGUUCUUAAAUCGCGUGAUUGUCCGCAGUUUCAGCAAGAGUGUAUCAAACAAACUUUUAAUUUCAGUAAAUAUACAAGUCUGUUGUAUCUACGUUUUUGUAAUAAAACAGCUUUUAUUGAUACCUGUGGAAAUCAAUGGAUGACUAAUCAAACUGGACAUUCAAUACUGCAAAGAAUCGUUGAUAGAAAUUCAACUAAUGGCGACUCUAUCAAACGUAUUCCCGACGUAUACUUCGAAGAACAAAAGUAUUCCAAAGACGAACUUCUUGAUCCUUGUUUCCAAUCAUCACUGCCCUUUGCCGACAAUUCAGCAGAACAAAAAUACUUCGAAUUGAGAGAAAUACAUAUGCCUUUCUGUGGAAUUGUUUGGUGUGCGAUUCCAUCUUACGCAUUGACAACUUAUAAAGUAUCGAUUUCGUGGUGUAUGCCCAGUCGAUGCAUCGUGAUCCUCUACACCCUGAUGGUCGUUGCAGGGUUACUCAGUUGUGCAAUAACACUGGCGAACACUACUGUGCUGAUCGUAUUUCUAUCAAGCAAAAGAAAUCAAAUAAAUAGUCAGAAAAUUUAUAAAAUAUCAAUUGCGGUGGCGGAUUUGAUAGUUGGAGUCCUCGUGAUACCUUCGAUGGUAGAAACAAUGAGGCGAACAUUGUUACCACGAAAAGUUGACGGAGUACAUAAGCUGCACACGAAAAUAACGAGCGAAGCUUAUUCUGAUACUUUCAUAAGCUUGUCUGGGUUCUUUACCUCGUUGUCAAUCUCGGUAUCAAUAUAUUCGUUAAUGAUGGCAAGCAUUGAUAGACUACUUGUAGUAUAUCGACCACUUUCUUAUGAGAAAUUUCGAGCCAUUUUUACAGCAAAAAUCGCAGUAGCGGUUGUUUGGAUUUGUGCAUUACUUUACUCGAUUCUUCCGUUUAUCGUGGAAGAAAUAUAUCUUUUGCCUCUGGCAUCGAUGAUCGUAGUAAUGCAAGGCGAAAAUAGCCCAAUUUUGUAUGCGGUUCUGGGCGUCCCACUCGUAAUACUUUGGAGUACAAAUUGCAAUGUUUAUUUUGUUCAAAAAGAAUGAACAAAAAACUCAAUUGAACGAUGACGAAAGUCAUCUCAUAAAAACUCUAGCUAUCAUGGUAGGAGUAUUCACUAUUUGUGUUGUUCCUGCAACCAUUGUUAUAUUUUGUCAUCUCGCGAUGGGAGACGUAUGGCCUGGAGACCCGGUUACAUUUGACGAAAAGAAAUUUAUGAAUAUCAAAUCAUCUGUAUCCGUGGGAACUAUUGUCAUAUUAUCAAACAGCCUCUGGAACUUUUUUAUAUACAAUGGAAGAAGCGAAGAGUUUCAAUCAAAUCUUAAGUCACUGUGUAAACGACUGAUGCGCGUGUUGUGUUUCGUAAAACGUUGCGGCCGAAGUUGAUCAUUGCUUCAAAAUCUCAAGAAAUUCCCUCACGUAUAACCCAAACAGUCCAUCCUCGGAAAUACCCCACCUGCAUCACAUCUAAAGACUCACAAAUUACGUAAAAUUCUCUGUUGGUCAAAUCCUUUAUGCUUAAAAUACAAAACAUGGUCCCAUUUAACGUUUUUAUUACAGAUUUCCGUUCUGAAAUGUGUCCUUCGGCCCUUAAAUCUAAUUUAUACCAUGUCACUCAGAACAAAAUCCUUGGUAAAAUACUAUUGAAAACAAUGUUUCAACAGGCUGCCGGUGUAUCAGUAACCUUAAUUAGGAAAGCAUUAGUUUAAACGUAAAGAGGUUGACUUCCGAUUUGGUCUGAAUUCAGAGAGAUUUGCUUUUGGAUCCCGAGUAAGAUAACUCGACUAAGUCGAUUAGCAGGGUACAAACGUUGCAAAUUUUUAGAUUUUAAAUCAAUGUAUAACCAAAAUAUUAAAACGUUUUAGUUGUUUGAUUUCAUAACCUAUUUAUGUCCACUGAACCUCAUAAAGGACAACGGCAUUUUUUAUCCUAUUCUAUAUUUUUAAUAAAUUAUAUAUAGCAUUAUGAUCGUUUUAUUUAUGCAAAUAGGAUUUUGUAUUUAUUUAUUUAAUAAAAGCAUAGCUUUAAUGUCAUCA